CAGUAUGGGUGGCAGAGUUCAAUGAUUCUCGAUAAGAGUGUAUGACUCCAAAUCUCGCUAGAUUCACAGACCUGAUGAAGGAAGUGUAAUUUUUAUGUGUAUCAGAAACUCUUACAAUAGGAACUGGUAUUGAUUAACUAAAGCACAAACAUCGUUUUUUUCUCCUCCUCUUCUGGCUCAGUAAUUGAAUUCUGAAUGAAAUGUGACUGAUAAUAAACUGUGGCAAAUCGACCCCUUUAACACGAUCCAUUCCAAAUCACCAGUUUAUCCUCAUGAAUAAUUGAGUACGGAAGUACAGGAAUGGGAGGUGUCUAUGAAUAAUAAGUAGCGCCGCCCCCUCAUGUUUAUUGAUUGGGUUUAUUUGACAGCCGUGAGCUUCAGUCCCACUAUGGCGUCUCAUCAAAUCAGGAUGGGCUUUUUCUACCGCCUCCUGUACUGGAAUUUAUCACUCGCCAGUUGCUUUUCUACAUCUGGAUUUCUGUGCUGAAAGACGUCAAAUGUAGGCGAAAUGAAGGACGAGAAAAGCACAGCGCGGUCGCUCCAGAGUGCCGACACGGAGCGUAGAAAUGCAGCUGAUGUGGAGGAUGGCCGGGCGGGCAGCGGAGCAGCGCUGAACCCGGUGCUGCAUGAAGCGGCAUCUGACCGAGCCACCGCACCGACAGCCCGAGCAGGAACAGGAAUACGCGUUUUAAAGCGUAACAUGAAGAGAAAUGGCAGUCGAGGCUGCGUGACCCGGAAGACGCGGUUCGGCUCUCGCGAGCGGGACUGGUUGAAGGGCGACGCUCAGCGAGGCUGCGUGUGUCUCUACGGGGCCUCGGAGCCUCAGCCUCCACCGUCGGGCCCCCAGACCUCCACCACCCCGCAGCCAGACCUGAAGCUGGUGCUCUGCUCCACCAACACCACCGCUGAGGAGCUCUGCGCUCAGAGAGACGUACAGGGUCUCUACCUUCAGCUGCACGGAGACUUAAUCAGGAGGCUGGACCCCUCCGAGCGUCCUCUUCAGAUGGUCUACGACUACCUGACUGCUAUGGGCUACGAAGACCCGCUCCGUGUCCAGCAGGAAGCCGCCAACUCGGACCUCAGCUGCAUGAUCCGCUUCUACAGUGAGAAACCGGUGAAUGCAGACCAGCAGGAGCGGACUCUUCUGAAGGGCGUGUUCAGCGUCAGGAAGGGAAAGACACAGCUUCAUAAAUGGGCCGAGCGGCAGGUCAUCCUGUGUGGGACCUGUCUUAUCGUGGCCUCUGUCAAGGACAGCCUGACCGGCAAGAUGCACAUCCUACCCCUGGUCGGGGGGAAGGUGGAAGAGGUGAAGAGGAGGCAACACUGUCUGAUGUUCAGCUCCGCUGGUCCGCAGGCCCAGACCUACUACGUUAACUUUGACACGCUGGCCGACUACCAGCGCUGGCAUCGGCAGGCUUCUAAAGUGGUGUCUCAGACUAUAAGUCUGGUGGAUUUAUCCUGCUACAGUCUGGAGGAAGUUCCCGAGUAUCUCUUCUACUGCCAGGACGUCACUCACCUCAACCUACGCCACAACUUCAUGAGGCUGGACGGCCCUGGAGGACUCAGCAACUUCAACAGAUUUGCCCAGCUGAAGAGCUUAAACCUUUCUCACAAUGGGCUGGGCGUAUUCCCGGAGUCGGUGUGCGAGAUCCUGACACUGACGGAGCUCUAUCUGUCCUGCAACGGCCUCUGCGCCAUCCCGGCCCGCGUCGACAACCUCCAGAGCUUACAGACACUGUGUUUGGAUGGGAAUCGCUUGGAUUCUCUUCCAGAGGAGCUGGGCAGCCUCGUGCAGCUCUGCAGCUUGGGACUUUCCUUCAACGAUUUUCCCCAGAUCCCCAGCGUGGUGGAGCGGCUCUGUGCCCUGGACAAGCUGGCGAUGGCUGGGAACAGGGUGGAGACUCUGGAUCUGUGCUGCCUGCUACGAAUGAGUCACAUUAAGAGUAUUGAUUUACGGUUAAACGGCCUCCGCUGUGUUAAAAGUGAAACUCUGGAGCCUGUAAAACAUCUCACCCAGCUAGACCUGAGAGACAACCGGUUGACCUCUGUAGACCUGAGCGCGGCCUGCAGUCUGGAGAACCUGCAGUGUCAGCGAAACCAGCUGGGAUCCCUCACGCUUAGCGGCUUCACUCUGCGCACACUCCACGCCAAUAACAACCGUCUAACCACAGUGAACAUCUACCCUGUUCCCAACCAACUGACACAUAUGGACCUAUCAAGGAAUCUCCUGGAAUACCUGCCAGACUGGGUGUGUGACAGCAGGAAGAUUGAGGUGCUGGACGUCUCCCAUAAUCUGCUGUCUGAGAUCCCAGCCAGACUUCUUAGCAGUAUGAGUCUGCGUAAACUGCUGGCUGGCAACAAUAGGUUGGAGAGACUGGCUGACCUGCUUGACCACAUCCCACUGGAAACACUCGACCUGCAGCACAACAAGUUGCGAGAACUGCCAGAGUGCUUCUUCUACAAGGCCUUAAAUUUAAAGUAUCUGAACGUGUCUGCCAAUGCACUGGAGACAAUCCCGCCGAGCAGCCAAUCGGAGGAGAGCCUCAGCACCCUGCAGGAGCUCUAUCUCACCGGAAACAACCUGAAUGAGAACUGCGCUGCUCUACUGGUGGGGCAUCAGAACCUGCGGGUCUUGCAUAUGGCUUAUAACCAACUGCUGUCCUUCCCUGCUAGCAAACUCAGUAAACUGGAAGUACUGGAGGAGUUAAAUCUGAGUGGGAACAAGCUGAAAACGAUCCCCUCCACUGUGUCCAGCUGCAAGAGACUGCACACCCUCAUCGCCCACUCCAACCAUAUCAGCGUGUUCCCAGAGGUCCUCAACCUCCCCGAGAUCAAGCUGGUAGAUGUGAGCUGUAACGAGCAGACGGAAAUCCUGUUGCCGGACUCUCUGCCUUCCACACUGCAAGAGCUGGACCUGACCGGCAACAGUAGCCUCAUGUUAGAGCAUAAAACGCUCAACCUCUUCAGUCACAUAAGUACACUGAAGCUGGACCAGAAGCCAGCCGUGACAGCAGGAGAUGCACAGGGCACGUCCACCCUGUGGGAUCAUGGUUAUGCUGAGAUGUGUGGUCAAAGGAACAAGUUGUGUGUGUCUGUGCUGGCUGUGGAUCGCUUCGGGGACAGUCCAGAGGCUGCUUAUGGGAUUUUUGAUGGCGACCGUAAUGAAGAAGUUUCCAGGUUACUGCAGUGCACCAUGGGAGAUGUAUUGGCAGAGGAGAUACAGCACUCCAGUGUGGAUAGUGUAUACAUGUGCAACACUUUCCUUACCUCUCAUAGGAAACUUGGCAUGGCAGGCCAGAAGCUAGGUGCCUCGGCUCUGCUCUGUUACAUCCAUCAUGAGUCCUCCGAGCCUGGCAGCUACUUUAGCCUCACUGUGGCCAACGUAGGCACCUGCCAGGCUGUCCUGUGUCGUGAUGGGCAACCUCUUGCCCUCUCGAAAGUUUUCAGCCUAGAACAGAGCGCUGAGGAGAUGGAGCGUGUCAAACUGGCUAAAGCUAUUAUCACUGAGGAUAACAAGGUGAGUGGGGUGACAUGCUGCUCACGGUUACUUGGCUGUUCCUACCUGUUUCCUUGGGUGCUUCCCAAACCCUGGGUGCACACAGAGCCUCUGUGUUCCCAGGAUGAGUUUCUGAUCCUAGGAAACAAAGCACUCUUCCAGAAGGUUUCGUACCAGGAGGCAGUAAGCACAGUGCUAGCUGUCAGAGACCCCCGCGCUGCUGCCAAAAAGCUCUGCACGCUGGCACAGAGCUAUGGGUGCCGGGAUAAUGUUGGAGCAGUAGUGGUGGCUUUGCAUAUCGGAGAAGACAGCUGUACUUGCGAGCCUCCUCUCUUGACCGCAGAAGCACGAGGACCACCUGCCCCGACACCUUUACCAAUCUCCGUCUCCCCUGGUGACCCAGCCACACCAUCAUCUAGCAGCGGCAUUGCCUCUGAGUUUAACAGCGAGAUGUCAGCCUCAGAAGUGGGCAGCGAGGCUGGAUCCACAGCCUCGGACGAGCACCCCUCUUCGGGACCAACAGCUCGUCCGGAGCGUCGCUGUAGUCUACAUCCUGCUGCUACCUUGUGUAACAUGGGGCCACUGGUGAGCCUGGGACCAGGGGCGCACCCGGCUCUGUUCCAGCGACAACCUUCCAGUGCCACCUUCUCCAGCAACCAGUCAGACAACGGGCUCGACAGCGACGAUGAGGCUCCUUUAGAAGGUGUCAUCUCAAACGGGAGUAAGCUAGAGGUCGAGGUGGACAUUCACUGCUGUGCUUUUCAGCUACGCUCUGGACCACCUGAAAGUCCCAAGGACCUGGACGGUCGCCAUGAUUUGAGGGGCUCUGACUUUCCCAACAGCAAAAUGCGUCGGCAAAACAGUGUUGUGGUUUCUGCCACCAACGGCUGCCUACUGGCUGUAUGUGGGCGAGAGAUCUCAGAUCUGAAGAAGUCUCCUUCCACCUCCAGCCUCUUCGGAAAGAAGCUCUCUAAUGGCUCGGUAGUGGCUCUGGAGGAUAGCCACAACAUCAUUGAAGUAGCACUCGAGGCCCCCAAAAAGAAAUCCGGAUAUUUUGCCGCACCAGCCCAGCAAGACCCGGAAGACCAGUUGAUUAUACCACCUAGUCUGGAGCAGGAUGUGCGGGAGCAGUUGAGAGGCCAGAGCCCCGUGGUUCCCGGGCCACCGCCUCCUUCAACACCACCCUCGGCGAGAGACCCCAACUGGGACCAUCCUCACCCCACCGUCCCCGGUCUCCACCCCACCACCGUCCUGCAACAGGAUGUCUAUGACACAGCUCUAUAGUAGGUGCAAGCGGCACCAUUGGAGCAUCUCCGCAUCAUAGCGCCACAUCAAAGAGGCUAGCACGCACUUCCUGCCUUCGAGAUAUUCCAGUUCUUAUUUAGCGCCGUCAUCACGUGUGGGUCCCUGCAUGUGCAUUCUUAUGGCUGAUCGGCGGUGGCAUAGCCACCUCAGAGAUGUGUAACCGGAAGGGUGGAAAUGAGUGCAAAUGUCAGGACCGAUGAAAUCACGAAGAUUGAGGUCUUUGAUUGAGGAAAUACAUGGGCUAUUCCUGACCAAAAACCACAGCAUGGAGCUGGAGUACCUCAUUCAUCACCAUGCGCGAGUUCAUUUCGACAUUCGCCCUUUAUAUCAAAGGUCACAGGCUUAAGUAGGCUCAAUGAUCACAUUUGCCUUCUGGCGGAAAGAUACUAUCAGCUAAACUGAGACCAAAAGUUGAGAAAAGUGCCUCUUGAAGAUGGUUGAGGUUCUGAGAGCCUUUACUGUUCUGGUGUACGUGCAGUUUUGUUCUCCUACCUUCCUAUAGUGGCAACUAGUCAGUAAUCUGCACCUUUGAAGUCUGUGAGGAAUAUUUCAGAGGGUCAAAAGGAUCUCUUCCCCAUCUGACCUGCUGGAAACAUCCCACUCCAUUUCAUGGAAAAGAGUAGUUGUUGUGGAAAGAUGUAUUGUUGAAAAAGACCAGAGCUUUCGCCACCUCCCCUGAUCUCCUCACUUGUAUGCAUACGGGAUCUCCCAGACAAAGCCAUGGGGGUCUCUGGAACACUCUGCACAAUAGAAGAGUACAAUGAACCCAACGUAACAUUCAAGCCCUUACAGAUCUACCUGGAGAGGGACUCAGCCUAGUGAUGGAGGUCAGAGUGAGAACCUCUAUUUCUUAGUACAUCCAAUACUCAGUGGAAGCAUUGCCACACCUUUAUGGCUAAGGUCAAUUGGGGAGCAGAAAGACCUCACAACCCUGUCUGAAAUCAUAACUUGAGCUGUCUCGGGUUGUUUAGAGUACUUGAAGUUUCGAGUGUGCCAUGACUACAUGACAGAGCUCAUACUACAAAGCCUCAAGCCAUGAAUAUGUCAUUGGGUCUUUGUAGUAGUGUGGUUUUGCUGUUGAUCUGAGUGAGUUUGGGAUAUUUUCUCAUUAUCAAGGAAAAAAGUGAACAGCUGACACAUUUUUUUUUUUUUUUUUGUAUGAGAGGUACAGGGCAUAUGAUAUCAUGUAUUGUGCUGCGUGUGUGCUUUAUUUUAGCCAUGCAUGGUACGUAUAAAGAAAGUUUUGUUUUAUUUUAAUAGGGGGACAAGAGGAAAAAGAAGUAUUAUUGCAUAUUGGGUUACUUGAGUUUGUAAUUGCCACAAUCACAGUAUCAAGUAAUUCUGUGCAGUAAAACACUGUUCCCAUGGCUUGAGGAGACAUCUAGUGGUGUUCAUUGGAAACAACGUUUUUUUCAGUGUUUUCCCUGCAAGUUAUUUUUUCGCAAUUCAUUAUUACAUUUUCAAUAUAUAUAUUUUUUUUAAUAAUAAAGAAUUGGGGAAUUAAAAUGAGGGAAAAUCAAGUGCAAAGCCCACUGUUAAUUGUUAGAUAUUAAAUUUAGUGAUGUUCUCUGAAGCCCACUUUUUCUUUUGCCAAUUUUAGAGCAUCAGUUGUAUUAAAUUAUUAAUAAUUUAUUAGGUGCACUCUCACAAUUCGUUAGAAACUGUCUUUACACAGAUGUGCAGGGGAAACAACAUUCCCUAUCGACACUGAAACUUUGAUGUACUUCAAAUGUAGAAAUCACAUCUCAUUAAAAAAAAGUGUCAGCAUUGGCAUAUUAAAAAAUUCAGUACUUGAAUUUGUAGAUCAUCCAUGAAACAUUCAACUUGAAAAUGAGCUUAAGUACACUUGUAUGCUCAGAUAUUGUUUAAGCCAUUUCAUCUCAAGAUUCAAAAGAUUCAUUCUGUGAAUUAUAUCCAUUGCGGCGGACAUUUUGAGUGUUUUUCUUUUUUUAAUUAAUAUUCUUCAUGGUCAGCUGGUAAAUGCUCUUUGUGCCAAACUUGCAUACCGAUUUGUGUUUGCUAUAUGUGUGAGAAAAGGCUGCCAUGUAACUAAUCUGGAUCCCAGUAUUUAACAUCCAGGAACAUUUUGAAUCGAACUUUUACUGCCAUUAACUUUUCUGCAAGCAUUAGAGAGUCAUCUGUGGUGUUAAUUAUAAUUGCCUACAGAUCUAAAACUGUAGCUCUUGUGCCAAAAGAUAUGUAGUAGUGGUAUUUGAAGGUAGGUGAGUUAUUUUGAGAAUUUCAGCCGUCCCUCGGGUGCUACUGAGAGCUGAAGCCAGUGGCAUGGAUGCAGCAGCCCUGCAUGACUCAUAGGGUUUUUUUCUGUCAUGGUCUUAAAGGUAGUUUUGCCUCACACUUUUAUUUAGUGUUUAUAUUCUGAUUCCCAUUUUUUGCACACAAAAAUGUGAAGUACAUUUUACUGGAAAUUGAUCCCUAGACCAAUCCCUAAAUCAUUUAGAGCUGUAUGCUUAAGUGCAUCAAGUAUUGUUGUACAAUCAUAUAAAUUAAAAGGGUUUUACACUGUAUAAGCACUUUGUACGUAGCUCAGAGAAUCUAUAUACAUAGACAUAUUUAAGAAUUGCAUUUUAGCUAUUUGUUGAAAUGCAUAUAAAUCAACAUUAGGCUGUGAUUUAUGGCCUCUUUUAGAAAGUAGGUAUUUGUUUCCUGUUAUAACCCCUAAAAUAUGUAAUUUCUUAUGUUUGGUUGAGAGUAGAGAUGUGGUUAUUGAGGCACAACAUGCUGAUUCAUACUUUGCUAAGAAGCAGAGUUCAAGCAUCUGACGGCUUGCUUUGCUAGCAAGAUGUAGUCUAACUCUGUUAUUAGCUAUGGAACUGAAAUGGAAAGUCAUUUUUCAAACAAAUGUCAUGGAUACAGCAAAUCAUGCUGCUUUUGAGAGCACCUUAGACCUUCUAUAGCCCUACAACAUGAUGCAUAUCUGCAUCAUAGUAAAAAUGAUGUAUGCUAAAAUAAUACCAAUUAGAUUAUUAAUAUGAAAUUAUUAAGAACGGGCCUGGGAAAAUCAGUCUGCGGGUGUCAAGUGGAGCGCGCUGUUGUGGAAUAGUUUCUUCAGUUUAGGCAACAAGCUAGUUGCUUUGCCACAUGGACAAAUGUUGUAUUUUAGUGGCCGUUUACACGACACCGUUUUGAACUAAAAAUGAAAAACCUUUUGGCCGUUUAUUUACACGACAACGAUGUUUUGGGGGCCUGAAAACGCAAACUUUUGACAUCAUGUGCGUGCGUAUUACGUGUUUCUUUACAAAGUGACAUCUACUAAAUACAGCGUUUUUAAAGGUGCAGUGUGUAAAUUUUUGCGGCAUCUAGCAGUGAGGUUGCGAAAUGCAACCAACGGCUCAGGACCGUGCUCACCCCUCCCUUUCAAAGCACUUUAGAGAAGCUACGGUGUCCGACACAAAGACAAAUAUGUUGUUGUCUGAGAAGGCAGAGUAGCAGUCAAGCAAUGAGCUUUCUUCUUACUUCUAACAAAGAACGGUCUCUGCUUCUAAUAACCACAGGACUACUACUACUUUGUGCGUAUUUAACAUAGUGACAAUGCAAGCUGCCUCUAAAAACACCAACGGACAUAGUGACGAAACGCGCUUUGUAGAGCAGUUUAUCCAUUUAGGGUUACUGUAGAAACAUUGCCGGUGCAAAAUGACGACUUGACAUGGAGGGGGGACCCACGGUGUAUGUAGAUAGAAAUGGCUCGUUCUAAGAUAAUAAAUACAUAACAGUUCAUUAUGUAAGGUCUUUAUACACCGCUGAAAACAUAUUAUACUGCAUUUCUGUCAAUAGAUCCCCCUAAAUAUUACACAUUGCACGUUUAAAUGUUUUCACAGAGCCGUGUGAACGGGGAUCGUUUUGACAACGUUGUUGACUGUACGCGAGAAACAGAAAGCAAAGGAAAAACUUUUCCGUUUUAGUGCAUUGUUGUCGUGUAAACGUACCCUUAGAUCCAUUAAACAUGUGUGCUCUGUGAUCUCCUGGCCAAAACAUGUUGUGGUGAAACUGAGCAAACGUUUUUGAAGAUGUUAGCCAAAUGCAGUUUUCCUAUGCGUUAUAUUCAAAUAGCCAUAAAGUUUAUAUUCAUCCGUUAAAUGGAAGGACAGAGGUGAUUCUUAAAGGGAUAGUUCAUCCAAAAAUGAAAAUUCUGUAAUCAACAUUUUUUGAAGAAUGUUGGUAACCAAACAGUUUUGGCUACCUAUGUUCAACAGAAGAAAGAACAUCAUACAGGUUUGGAACAACAUGAGGCAAAUUACAGCAGAAUUUCCAUUGUAGGGUGAACUGUUCCUUUACAGGAAGAACACAAAGCACAGAACAUCCCCGCUUCAAUUACAUAUUAGAAUUUUUUAUUAUUAUUAUAUUUUAACUUUAUAGGACAUUUGGGGAUUCUAAUAUUCUAUCAUGGAGCAUGAAAUAUAUAUUUCUUUUUUUUAAAUGUGAUUAGGAUGAUUUGUAUGCCAGUGUGUUAGUGGUGUCUUAGUUGGGCAUUGCACUAGAAAAUGAUCUCAAUCAUGUUUAUAUUCAAACUGAACAUAAAAGUUAGAGAAAGCUUCUUUUUUGUAUCAGAUUCAGCACAUUAUUGAAUUUUCUAUAAGUUUCUCUCAUUUUAUAACUCUUGUGGGAACACUUAUGCAGAACAAAAUGAACAUGUUACAACACAACACUGAUUUAGAAGAUAAAACUAUGAUAUAAUCACAAGCAAUUUUGGAUAUUAAAACUUUUUUUUUGUUGUCUUUUUUUAGGUUAAAAUAAUUCCUAUCGUCACAGCUCAAUUGUAAGCAAGCCAUUUAUAGGUCGAUUCCCACAAAAAGUGUAAACAUUCCGGAUUUUUAUCUGCGUGUGCUUUGUGCUUGACACGGAAAUAGGUCUCAACCAAUGGCGUGAGCUCGGGGGUGGGGCUAUCUGUUUGUCUGACCAAUGACAGACGGGGGAGUGUUGAAAACACUUCCAUUUGGCAGAAAUGUCUUCACCUAAUUCUUGGCCUAAUUUAACAAUACAGUAUGUUUCUGCUUUUCUAAGUUUUGACUCGACCUCCGGUGAGGUUAUCCGAAACAUGCUUCAUCCUCUGUAUCUUUAACAAAGAAAGCAUUCGCCUCAAGUCCGUUUGUACAUUUGUGCAGUGUGAGAGUUGCUGUUGGUGCAUGAAACGUGUGAUUGUGGUUUCACCCUGACAGAGAUAAUAUUUUCAUUCGAACGCAAAAACGCAUAUUUAUCUGGCGUAUUCAUUGACAUUUUUGCACAUAAUCAUGGUUCGUUCUGGACAGACGAGGGUUAAGAUGAAGUUCCUGUUGUUUGACAUGUGACCAAAGCUUGAUCUUGUCAUCAUUUAUGUACAUUUUGUUUUAAAGAGAUGCUUUAAUAUUUCCUCUCAAUGCCAAGAAGCUGAGGUUUAUUUUUGUACUUCAUUGUUUCAUGCAAAUUUAUAGGUCCUCCAGUGCAGAAUCUAGGAUUUAAGGGUUCUAUGGUAAACCGUCACCCAUCAAGGUACUAUCGUUGAAGAUACUAAUUAUUCAUGUAUUUAAUGUGAGAAGCAUGCCCUAUAUAAAUGAAUAUAAAUAUAUAAUAUAAAGAAUAUAUUAUCAUGUGAUUAUUUGUAUAAAAUAUUAACUUUUGUUUAUAAGAAAUUGUUUUAAUAUCUGAAGCAUAAUGUAUAUUAUAUUUUUAAGUUUCUAUUUUAGCAUGCAGUACACUGCUGAAUAUUUUCAUUGUGUUAAAUUAUUUAAUUGUUUUUAGUUUAGGAGAUCAUUUGAGUUCAGUAAAAGGACUAAAUGCGAGCACUUUUGCCGUCUGUCAGCUAGGACUGUACUUCUUGGGAUUUUUGAGUGGGUUCUGGUUCAUCGUUUCAUUUCAGAUGCUGCUAUGCUUAGUUUUGAGCAGAAAGCUGUAUUUUUAAUUAACUUUUCAGCCAAGUAGCAAUAAAGAUUUUUACUGUGAAACAUGCGUCUUUGAUCUCACAACAGUUCUUUAUCAGAUGUAUUUGCAUAUUUGUCUCAAAAUACUUUAAAUAUAGUCUGUAUAAUAGAUGCACAUAUAAAGAGAAGAAAAACAAAUGAUUCAGCUUAAUAUGGUGAAUUACAAACUGUGAGCCAUUGGCACCAAAGGAAAUAUAGACAUAAUUAACUCAUGAAUAUGCAGUACUUCAUUUUGUUAAUAUAGUUUUUUUUUUGUAAUUGAUGAAAAAAGUAU